UUAGAGGAUUUUUCAUCACUUUUUUCACGUCGGAAUUCAGAAAAAUAUUUCAAAUAURUAGAACUGGAUGUUCUCUUUAACCUGGAAAAAUUUAAAGAACUUCUGGGAUAAAAUAAACACGGAGUUCGAGUUUUGUGUGGACUCGUCUUGAAGCUUUCUGAUACUUCUCGUACUAGUAAAAUUGUCCUUUCCCGCUAUGACAUGACUAGAAGAAAAAUGAGUGGCCCUUCGUCUGAUAGGAAGAACUCGCAUGGCAAAAUAAAAGACAAGAAAAACGCUUUACCGUUCCUCAAACCCAUUAGAUCCAAGCAGCAAUUCAAACAAUCUCAGAGCCCGAGUGACCUACAACCAGGGGGCAGUUUUACUAGCAGUUAUAUUGCAAGCAAAAAUGAUUUGAUUGUAAAAUACACGGAGGGAAAACAUAUGACAAGAAGUUUUCAGAAACUGUCAACGACUUUACCAGGAACAUUGCCACAUCUUGCCAUAGGACCAGACAAGCAUCACACCCAGAUUGACGAUCACAGUAGCAAGGAUGCUAAGACUAAACAUUCAGAACAGUUACCUCAUCUGCUGAAUCAGCAAAACCUUCUUAAGAGCUCGACCACCGGCAACAAACAGGCUCAAAACCUUAAUCUAACAGAUUAUGCAAAACCUACUAUCCGAAAAGGACAGUCUGCCAUUGCACUUACGAGUGAAGAACACAUCACUAAAGUUCGUCGUGAUCCUAAUGGAUAUAAACUGCCCAUGUCACCAGCAACUGCUGUCAAAGCGUAUAGUGAUCGACUCACUACAUUCGAGCAAUCAGAAAUCCUUGAUUACCCAGAGAUCUGGUUCCUUGGGUUGGAUGCGAAGAAGAUCGAAGGAAUGCCUGGUGGACCGCAGAAUAAUCACUAUGAUGACGAGAAUGGUAGCUACCUAAAAAGCCUGCACGAUCACUUGAUGUACAGAUACGAAGUACUAGAGGUGCUUGGUAAAGGCUCGUUUGGACAAGUAGUUAAAGCAAUAGAUUAUAAAACUGGACAAAAUGUCGCUGUCAAGAUCAUUAGGAAUAAAAAACGAUUUCAUCAGCAAGCUUUAGUAGAGGUGAAAAUCUUAGAAAACUUAAGAAAAAAGGAUAAAGACAAUACCCAUAAUGUCAUACACAUGAUUGAUCAUUUCUACUUUAGGAAUCACCUUUGUAUAGUCUUUGAAUUAAUGGGGAUAAAUUUAUACGAACUGAUAAAGAAAAAUAAUUUUCAAGGAUUUAGCUUGGCGCUGAUUAGAAAGUUUGCUAUUGCACUUCUACAAUGCUUAAAAGUCAUCCACAAAGAGAAGAUCAUCCAUUGUGACCUGAAACCGGAAAAUAUUUUACUUCGACAAAAGGGACAGACAUCAAUCAAAGUGAUUGACUUUGGCUCCAGUUGCUAUGAGCACCAAAGAGUUUAUACAUAUAUUCAGAGUAGAUUUUAUCGUUCACCUGAAGUUAUUUUAGGAUUGCCUUACAGUAUGGCUAUCGAUAUGUGGAGUUUAGGUUGUAUCCUAGCUGAACUAUAUACUGGAUAUCCUCUCUUUCCCGGUGAAAAUGAAGUAGAACAACUCGCUUGUAUUAUGGAGGUCUUAGGUCUACCUUCUCCAAAAAUAAUAGAAUCAGCAUCACGAAGGAGAUUAUUCUUUGAUUCCAAAGGAAUCCCACGAUGUAUCACAAACUCCAAAGGCAAAAAACGAAGGCCUAGCACUAAAGAUCUAAGUACAGCAAUAAGAAAUAACGAUGCUUUGUUUCUUGGAUUCUUAAGGCAAUGUUUAGAAUGGGAUCCUGAUAAACGUAUCACUCCAGACGAAGCUCUACAGAAUGACUGGAUAUUAGAGGGGCGUCAGAAACUUCGUGGUAUAUCGCGCAUUAGUUCACGGUACCACCCAUUAACCAGCCAACGUAGCAACCACGAUGUUAGCUCGACAACAGACACGACAACAGCCAAUGACCAACCUAAACCUAGUGGAGAAACCCAAGGUUGGAUCAAGCGAAGCGCGAGAACACGUGAACGACUUCAACCAAUCGGAGCCGACUCUAGUCAUAAUCCAAUACACGAUAACAAUAACAAUCUACACAAGACAACGUCAGGGACUGGUAAGGAGAGUAUAGGGAUUGGCUUGUUAUCGAAGAGGAUUACUUCCGGUGAUGCACAUUCAGCAAAAAAUAAAGACAAAGAUAUAGAGCUAUCAGCGCCAGAGAAACCCUCCAAUGAUGGAGAAAAAGAGGGACAGUUUUUACCUCCUAUCAAAUAGUGUUACCAAGUAAUGUGUGAAUUAUAGUGUGUGCUUAGUCCCACAUAUAAACAUGAGAAAAAAUUAGGGCUGGAUAUUAAUUAGAUAUAGGGGAGGGGAGGGCUGGUGCAAAAUUGGAAAGAUCUUUAGUUAGUUUUUCCCCACCCCACCCCCACAUCUGUAGUACAUUGAUCCCUGAACUCUCUUACUUUAAUGGUCAACCUUUCUCCCCUUGCAUGAUAUUUGCCACCCUACCCCUUAAUUAUGCACCAGCCCUGCCCAGCAUAAUGUCUAAUUUAUGACCUGUUUCUUAUUUUACUGUAUUUUUAUCUCUUAUGAAAAUCUCAAGUUUUUGAUGACUUUAAAUUAUUUUUCAAGGUAUUUAUAUUUUUUAUCCAAGUAUUUAUUUCUCAUUCCUCUGGAGGAAGAAGCCAACAAAAUUUCUACAAAUCCAUUCACAAUUUCUAUUUCAUUUUCUAGUUUUCCAUUCCAAGAAAGAGUCAUUGUAAUUUAAACUAUUACUAUUGCUUGUUAAACAAGUUUCUAUAAAGUAAAAAUGAUAUUUAUUAUUAAUAAUGCUAAAAGGUUCUUUGUAAAACUGGAAAUAUUUUUAAAAGUAGUUUUAGAUCUACUUUAUUGCAAAAUCUGCUCGUCAAACCAAACCGAAUUAUAAUUUUCACGAAGGUCUCUUACUUUUUGACCACUAUUUAUUAUCUAUUUAUUUUGUCAUUCAAAUGCCUUGUGUAUAUAAGAGUGCAGUGAGAUUUCUUAUAGCUUGUUGUAAUUUUAAAUGAAGUAUUACGUUUUGGACUUACUUUUUUUGAUACUUAAAACUAGUUGAAGCCAAAUAUGUUGUUGUUUGAAAAGGAUGUUUCUUGCAUGUUCAACCCAACUCGUUUUUGGUUUUUCAGUUGUAUGUUUGACGAAAAAGUAUUUUUGUAUCAUUUUAAAUAUUUAUACGAAACCACCGGAAAUAUUUAUUUUUAGUUUGAAAUAUUUUUAACAAUUUGGUUUGGUUCGAUUUUAGUCUCAAUCAAUAAUGUACUGUAUGGCUUAAAAAAGUAUCUUGGUAAGAUUGAACCAAGUUAAAGCAAAUGAGUUUUUCUAUAAAAUAUUUGAAGUAAAAAAAAAAAAAUUAAAACAAACCGACUUGGUUGAUAAGCUCAUAUGAUUUCAUGUUUUUCUUUAAGAGUAGUUUUCGUAAGACUGAAAAGCUCGCGGCACGAACACRGUCGUAAUACGGUAAGGCCUACGCCAGACCAAUCACAUUGCGUGAGGAUUUACUCUCCAUCCAAUCAAAUAUCCGAAACACGGCAUGAACAUGGCGCGGACACUGUCACGCCAAGGUCAUGGCUCUGCCAGACCAAUCACAUUACCGAGAAAAAAAAUCAGCCAAUCAAAAUUCUAGAAAACAUCACGGUCGCGGCAAGUCACACAUGCGGCACCGAGCUUUUACAGUCCUACGAAAAUUGCUCCGUCUUUUUAUUUGACUAACCUGUUGUUAUUGUUGCAAAGUCACUCGGCCUUUUGACUUCAGUGGAUUCUUUUACAAGAGACCAUGGCAUGCUUCAAUAAAUAAUUAUACUUCAAGUUUAACAUUGGAAACCAUAUUUCUACUAACUAAUAUUGUCAAUGAAUAAAAAGAGCAAGAAGUCUUA